AAAAGGUCGUUAACCAGCAUGUUCAUGCUUGAAUAUUUUCUUUCACUUGUGAAAACUUGAAGAAAGGGCAGUCAUGAGUCUCAACGCAAAAGACAAGUCCGUGGUGAAGGCUAUCUGGGCCAAAGUGUCCCCGAAGUCUGCCGAGAUUGGAGCUGAGGCUCUGGCCAGGAUGCUGACUGUAUACCCGCAGACCAAGACUUACUUUUCCCACUGGUCUGAUCUCAGUCCUGAAUCCCCUCAAGUGAGAGCCCAUGGUGCAACCAUCAUGGCGGCCGUUGGCGACGCCGUCGGAAAGAUGGAUGACCUUGCUGGUGGUCUCAUCAGCCUCAGCGAGCUGCAUGCCUUCAAGCUCAGAGUGGAUCCUGCCAACUUCAGGAUCCUGGCCCACAACAUCAUCUUGGUUUUGGCCAUGCUCUUCCCCGCAGAUUUCACUGCUGAAGUCCAUGUCUCCGUUGACAAGUUCCUGCAGAACCUGGCUUUGGCUCUGUCCGAGAGAUACCGCUAAACUCCAGCGAUCCAGGAUUCAGGGGCAUCGACUGCAUACAAUGCGGCAUGUCGUCCACAACAACGCCAACAUCCCUUUUAACAUGGAAGGGCUUGCUGAAUAAAACAAAUAAAAUGUA